CGUCAUUGUUCAGACAAGACAAGUCAGAGCGGCGCGUGUUUUGAAAAAGUUCUCAUCGUUUAAAACCGUCACGCACACUGUUGCAGUAAAGGUGAAUAUGUCUCUGGUAUUAAUCGACCUUGAGAUGGAGAGCUACCUCGCUGAUACUGAAAGCACCAGAAAAAAACCACAAGAGUCACCUUCAGGGUUCAAGGCCACCUUUGAACAUGUCAGCCUCGGGGGUCAAUGUCACUUGGAUCUUAAUACAGUCAAGGCUGAGAAUACUGAUCAAAACGGGAACCAAGUAAAUGUAGGUUGUGACAACGCUGAGGAGAAGACAAAAUGUAAGAAGGCAAAAGAUGCACAGAAGACAAAGGAUGCACGGAAGACAAAGGAUGCACAGAAGACAAUGGAUGCAAAGAAGACAAUGGGUGCAAAGAAGGCAAAUGAUGCCCAAAAGACAAAGGAUGCAAAGAAGACAAUGGGUGCAAAGAAGGCAAUGGGUGGAAAGAAAACAAAGGGUGCAAACAAGGAAAAAGAUGCAAAGAAGAAGAAUGAACGAGACACGGAGAAAGUGGUAAAGGAGGCCAAGUGGGGAACUCUCCGCCGUGUCGUACAAGCGUUAACACUGCGGGUACCUGUCACGUCCACAUCUCCACUCAACAGUGACGACCUCGGUUGCGACGACAUCAGUUUUGAUGGUCACCUGUUCGAGUACGCCUCUCAUCCCCCUGUCAUCCCAAAGGUUGACGUUCCCCGCCUCCGUCUUCGGCCGACGCUGAGAGAGAGACUUUACAACAUCGCCCACAACUUCUUCCGAUGUGGAUCAAUGAAACCAAACAACCAAUACACCUUAGAUUAGAACCGGUCAUUUCUUCUCGUCGUUGCCCCCAGUACCACGUGCUUGUCGUAAGAGGCGACUAAAUGAGGAUCAAGUGGCCACACUGUGUGACCUGGUUGAUUGUAUGUCACCGUACCCCAGUAGCGUGGAUAGGUGGUCAUGCCAUCAACCACUGGUUUGCCUGUCCCAGACUUAAUAUCU